GAUCAAUAAUACAUUAAUAAAAAGGUAUGCACACACAUGCUCAGUUUGCAGCUGUUGAAUCUUGCAAGUAAAACCAGUUUCUGCAAACAGGCCAGCGGAGGUUUAGAUCAAUAUCUUCUUCCUGCAGAGUAGCUAGUCUUACUCAGUGCAGGAAAUAUUGACACCUUAAAUACAGCAAGAUUAUCUGUUAAAUGAGAGGAAAAGUUCAUCUGUGCAAUUUGUUACUUCUUGUUUGCUUCUCGCGUGCAGUUUGAAACUGAGAUGCAAGCAAAAAUUCAAACAGUCCAACAUAUCGAAUGUGGUGCAGACAGCCUUUUAUUGUCAAUAACAUGACAUGUUGUUGUUGCCUGUGAUUAAUAAUAUACUGUAGUACUGCACCAGUUUAUGUCCUAAAACCAUUGUGGUCAUGAAUUGUCUGAGGUACCAUUCACCAGGUGGUCUUUUCCCAGACUGGGGCAGGUGGGGGGUUGUGUGUCUACACUAUAUAAGCCAGUGUCCAGCGCAGGGACAUGAAUCUGGACUGAGACACAGCCAUGUUCUUGCUCAUUAGCUGUUUUGCUCUUGUGGCCUCUGCACUGGGGUGUGGAGUGCCUUCCAUCCCGCCCCGAGUGAGCGGAUACAACAAGAUUGUGAAUGGGGAGAGUGCUGUGUCUGGGUCCUGGCCCUGGCAGGUUUCACUUCAGGAUGGUAGAGGGUUCCACUUCUGUGGAGGAUCCCUGAUCAACCAGUACUGGGUUGUCACUGCUGCUCACUGCCGUGUGUCCCCAAUGAACCACCGUGUCAUCCUGGGAGAGCACGACCGCCAGUCCAACAGCGAGCCAAUUCAGGUCAAGAACAUCGCCAAGGCCAUCACUCACCCCUUCUACAACACCCAGAACUUUAACAAUGACAUCACGCUUCUGAAGCUGAGCUCCCCGGUGCAAAUGACUUCCCGUGUGUCUCCUGUGUGCUUGGCCUCCUCCAGCACCAGCAUCCCCUCUGGAACCAAAUGUGUCACCACCGGCUGGGGCAGAACCGGACAGACUUCGAGCCCUCGCUACCUCCAGCAGACUGCCCUGCCUCUGCUCAGCCCUGCUCAGUGCAAGCAGUACUGGGGUUAUAACAGAAUCACUGAUGCCAUGAUCUGCGCUGGUGCUUCUGGAGUGUCCUCCUGUCAGGGUGACUCUGGUGGCCCUCUGGUUUGCCAGAGCGGUAGUAUGUGGUCCCUUGUGGGUAUUGUGUCCUGGGGAACCUCUAACUGCAACGUGCGCACCCCUGCCGUGUAUGCACGUGUGUCCUACCUGCGCCAGUGGAUCGACCAGACUAUCGCUUACAACUAAGCCUGCAUGACACGCUCAUGCAGUCACACACGGUGCUGCUGUUUGGUGCAUUUGUGAGAAAUGAAACAAUAAACUCAUAAG